ACCCAUGUGGACCGGACUUCAUUACGUCAAGUCGGUAACCGGAGGGGAGUUUCAGUGGUCGGACUGUCAGUCCGUGAAUGAGUCUGUACCGUGGUUGACCGGGCAGCCCAGUGACCAGGAAGUAUCGAGCUGCGUCACAGUGGGCUGGAAAAUGUUCAUGACGCGGACACACAACUGCAGCUCUCACUUCGUGUUUGUUUGCCAGAGAAUAAACGGUGAUUGUUCCUACACCGGCUUCAAAGACAAAAUUUGUGAUACAAGAGAAAAGAAGAGUUAUUUUAGAGGGAAAACUCAGCCGAGGCGAAUGUAUGGACCGGUGCAGCAUGGACAAAAAUGGUUCCGACCUGUGCUGGAGCCUUCGAGCGAGAUAAGACUAGUAGCAAUUGCACGUUAAUCUUCUCACCGAGUCCAUACGUCUGUGAGUCCCAGGUUCCUCAGGAUGACACUGAAACUGCAGCCAGAAACUGUUUGGAGUUUUCGGACAUCACUGGGAAAAAAGAAAAGAUCGUUGAAUCAGAUGCUCCUGUUUCUGCUUGUGUAUCAACCGUCAAAGCAACAACACCUGCAACAACAGCGGCAACUACAACGGAGCCAUUAACAACAACAUCUAUAACAACACCCACUACAACAGAAGCAGAUUCAACACAAUCAACGACAUCGUCAACGGGCGGGGUGGAAUCAACUCACACAGAGGCGUCUUUGGUUACAAAUAAUGACAACAACUUCUGAAUCACCUGCCGUGGCGACUGCCGCUACAUCUGCAACUACAACUACACCUUCAACUGCAACUACGACUGCAAGUGACACCGACACGCCGGCAUCUAUCCCCGUUUCUUCAACAAUUUCAACGGCUCCAUUUUCAAGUAAUGCGACCGGAGGAGUCUUCCUCGUCUGCUCUCGACACUUUCCUGUCUCUGUCUUGAAGCAGCUCUAACCAGUUCCAGAUCUGCCUCUACCCCGACAGUUACCUCCCCUGGUAGGUAUGUCUACGAAGUGUGUGUGGCGGUACAGACGUUCACCGUUGCAGAAAGAAAGAAGCGAACAGACGACAUUGUUACUGACCUGACCCUGGACAAGAAGAACCUCCUCCUCGUAUCGGAGGAAGAAGUCCAGCGCUGAAGACGAACGCCCGUCUGCCCAGAGCGUGGGCGGAGGCGUAGCCAUCAUGCUGCUCGUUACGGCAGCUCUCAUCAUCAUCCUGCCUGACUGCGGUAGUAUCUUGAUGCAUCUGGUGCACGUCCACAAGAGGAAGCAGCUUGUCCCUGCACAGCAGUAGGCUUCUGUUCUGAAGGAGGCUCUUCCGAAUACAACGCCGGUGUAACUCUCGUAGGGUGUUAACAUUUAACCUUCCGACUCAAGUGGGUGUGGAUCUCGGUGUAGGUGUUUAAAUGUGUUGAUGGUCCAAAAAUAGUUUUUGGCAUAACCUUUCAGACGGAAAAUAAUUUUUGUAGCGGAGACUAAAAAUAUUCUUUCAGGAAAAGAAAAAAGGCCAAGGUUAUUUGAUCAUAGUGCUGUUACCACCUGUGCUGUGUAAUGGCCUCAAACCAUCGAACAACGUUGAUGUCUAACUUACAUACAGGAUACUUUCCUUAUAUACAUGACAUCCCAUUAUAUAAACUAAACGAAAAAAAACGUUACCCUCCUUCCUUAAUGACGGAGGUACAUAUCUUCAGCUGGCGUUGUGA